GUAUCAUGGAGGGAUCUUUGGCAGAUGCGCCCAAUGCCUUGCCAUUUCACAGGCUGCUGUGUAUGGGAGCUCCCUUUCUGGAAGUGCGUGCCGAGGUACCUCAGAGCACCCUCGAUGACUUCAAGUUGCGUGGCAAUGCAGUGGUGCAAGUGGAAGGCCACAUGCAGUCCAUGCUGCCAGAGAUCAAUCGACUCUGCGCUGAGAUGGGACGUCCGGUGGUCUAUGCUGCCACGGGCGAUGCCACACUGACCGCUCUUGCAGUCCAGGCACUUCUUCGAGAAGACCAGGGCUACUCUGCGGAGGCAAACCGUCGCAAUCCAGCCGUCUCGCUGCUUGGUGGUGUUGGACGUGACCAACUCGGCUACAAGCUGCAAGACUAUUUGAAGGAGUGUGGAAUUCAGCCACUUCUCAGCGAGAUUGUGAGCGAACAAACUGGUUGGACAGCUUUCCUUUGCCCUUUACGCCUUGAAGACCCAUCUUCCCACGGGGGCUUUGAGAGGAGUUCCCUGGCUGCUCCUGAGCAGGAGAAGGGCGAAAGCAACUUGCAGCUGGCAGUGGUGUACCGUGCUGUUCAGGCGGGUGCAGCCAACCAGUACAAGCUGGAUCACUUGCGCUUCAAAGUCUGGGAGCAAGUGGAAGCUGCUGGCGUGGUCUAUGCUGAGGCCACCUUUCUGACAGUCUCCUUUGAGAGUGUCAAGAUAUUGGCGGAGCACUGUGCCAAGAUGGGCAACACCUUCUGUUUGAGCCUCUCAGCCCCCUACGUUUGCCGCUACUUCGGGGACCGAAUCCUCACUGUGAUCCCAUACACCGAUGUGAUCUUUGGGUGCGAGCGUGAAUACAUGGCCUUGGCUGAGCAGAAACGCUCUGAAGGUCUUGCUCAGGAUGUGGACUCGGUUGCUACCUGGCUGGCGAAAAUGCCACGAUCAGAUGGGGAGAAUUGGAAGCGGCGCCAUGUUGUCAUCACCUGCGGGGACAAGCCCACCAUUGUGGCUAGCACCUGGCGGGGCUACGGCGUGAAGGUCCAAAGAUUUCCAGUUCCUCCCGUCCGAAGUCGGAGUUUCGUGCGCAAGGACGGCGCAGGGGAUGCCUUCGCAGCUGGCUUCUUGUAUGGCCUCAUGCACGAGGCGGAUGUAGACAGUUGUGUGCAGAUGGCCCUGUAUUGUGCCAGCGUGGCCGUGCAAAGAGUGGGCCCAGGCUUCUCCUUCAAGGAUAAGCCAAGUGUUGACAAGGCCUUGUCCACGGCACCGCAAUGAGCCGCGUGGUGCCGGAGCUGCGUGAAAUGUGCGCGGC